CCUGCACUGUAAUGUGAAUGCUCACCCUACGUUUCAUUUUAGCUUGUUUUAUUCUGUCCAGUGGACAACACAGGGAGGAUCAUCUCCCAGUGGUUGACAACAUGAGGAGAUAUAUGGUAAUAAAGAGAAUUCCUUGGCCAUGGUUGAGGAGAGACACUACACAAAAUGAGUCCAGUCCACUCAUACCAAAGGAAGGAUCUGCAAAAGAGGAUGCUGAGGAGCUCAGCCAUGUCACCACUGACCUUCAAUCAGAGGCAAACAAUGGACAAGACCAAGGCAAUCCUGCAUUUACAAGGAUCCAUCCCCGCUAUAGAUAUUCCUUAAUGGACUAUUUGCUAAAAUAUUUACUGUUCCUAUGCAAUCUGUUGUUCACAGUCCUGGGAUUGGUGGUUCUUGGCCUGGGGAUGUGGGGCCUCAUCAGCAAAGAAUCAUUUGAGCAGGAGAAAAUCAGCAGCAUCGGCACUGACCCAAUGCUGAUACUUGUGACUCUGGGCCUUCUUCUCACUAUGCUCUGCCUGUCAGGCUGCGUCGGUGCCUUAAGAGAGAACUGCUGCUUACUGAAGCUGUUCUCAGCCGCAGUGCUGGUGCUCAUUACAGUUCAGGUGCUGUUUGCCAUUUUGGCAUAUAGCAUGCAAGAUCAGAUUGGAGGCUACCUGCGGUCAGGGAUGUUAGCUGCCAUGGCGGGCUACCAAGAUGAUCUGGAUCUGAGGUUCAUCACAGAUGAGAUUCAGUCAAAUCUGCAGUGCUGCGGGGCAGACAACUACCGUGACUGGGAGAUCAACAUAUAUUACAACUGUUCAGCUCCAGGAGUGCUGGCCUGUGGCGUCCCUGCAACAUGCUGCGUGGACCCUUUGGAGAAUGGAACAGUUUGGAACUCUCAGUGUGGUGUAGGAGCCCAGCUGUUAGAUGAGUUUACUGCUCAGAGUGUGAUCUUCCUGGGAGGCUGUCUGGGGGGAAUCUCUCGUUGGAUUGAGCAGCAUGAGGGCCUGAUCGGGACUGUUGCGGUUGUUGCAAUUGGAGUCCAGAUUAUGACUCUGUUUAUCACAACACGACUGCUGGAAAGCAUCCAAUGGCAUAAAGUUAACAUAUAAUAUAGAAUGAUGAAUACAACAGUAUACUGUUUAUUGAGUUCUGGCUGGUAUUAUUAGAUUUUUUUUAAAAUCCUGGCCUUGUUUGUCAGUCAGUUAAUUGAACUUGACUACAAAGACUCAUAUGAUUGCACCUGUUUCAUCAAUAGCGAUUUAAAUGAAGGCCAACAAAUUCAACAAACAAUGUCAAAAGGAGCAAGACUGCAUAUUAAGUUUUAAAGCACAACAACCAAAUUAUUUAAAUGUUGCCUUCUCUAAUUUUAAUUCUACACUGGACCGACCACUCUGAUGUGGUGCAAAAUCCCUCAUUUUUUCUGGAUAACAUAUUUAAGCCUAGUAUUGUGGCAAAGGCUACCAAAUUAAGAGAAUGUUCUGAAACGAAAAAUGUAAUUUGCGCAACUGACUUUACAAAUCAACUGUCCUCAUGAGCCACAGAUAAAAACAAAGAAGCAACUGUUUUUAAGGGAAUAAUUUGACAUUUGGGAAACAAGCUUAAAACUUUAAUUUCUCGUUGUCAUGAAUGAUAUGAAUACGCUCUUUCUAGUCUAGUCUAGCUGUCAGCAUGAAGUUGUAAAAAAAAAUUGCUGUCCAGCAAACAGGUAAGCUGCAUAAUCCCUGUAAAAUUAUUUUAAAAUUGUUGUUUCAGAAAAUAUUAAACACCCAAAUAUGCUAUGUUAAGUGAUGAGUUUUAGAGGAGCUGGAGGUUUCUGUCCUGUUUCACAUGUUUGUGAAUUCUAACUGGCUGCUGUCACUCCUGUAGAAUCAUUAUUAUUACAAAGACACAGGAGUAGAAUUGUUUUUUUCAAGAAAGUAGAUUACUUCUCAAAAUGUCAAAAUAUUCACUUGAUUAUUAGCAAAAUGCACAUAGGAAAUGAUGUUACCCACAUUAAACUAGGCAGUGUAUUUGCUGACCCUAAAAUACUUAUGUACUGUUCAAUUUAUUCUGCUAUUCACAUACACUACUCUUUUCUUUUAAAGGGAGAAAUAAAGCAUCACAUCGGGAAUUAUGUAAUGUUUCAGAUACAGUAGUGUGAUUUAAUAACAUGACAUUCACCUUGGCAUGUACAAAAACAUAUGAUGAACAAGAAAAUGUUUAAAACUGCUUUAAAAAUCCCAAGCUUUAUUCCAAGUUUAAAUAUAAUAAAUACAAUGCUGGCAACUGUGCAGAAACUCCUGCAGGCCAGUAACCAAGCUUUCAGUUCCAGCUCCCACUGCAGCCUCAGGCAGUAACUCAUCCAGCAUCAGUGGCUUCCGGACACAAAAAUGGCAGCUUGAGAAUCUUAUGAAAAUAAUUUUACUGUAAAUAAAAAAUAAUGCCUCAGACAAAGAACAGCAUUCUCAAUAUGCAGGCAUACAUGACAGAAAUUAGACAUUACAUUUUGAUUAGGAGGGUUGCAAUUAAAAAAGCCACUAUUGAUGAUCUAGACUGUGAAAUUAGUUACUGAAAUUCCAGUAGCUGAACUUGUCACAUUGGCUCCCUUUGGUAAAUAACAAAAAUAAUAAUAAAUUCACAGUGAAUAUACUCAGAUGAUUCCAUAUUGAGCUAGUUCAUGUAGCUCUAGAUGACUGUACGCUUCCCAUGGGCAGAUCACAGUGAUGUCUAUAAAAGAAAGAAAACAUAGAGUGAUUUAAAAAGGAAAGGCUGCUCGAUUUGUAUGUAAGUGGUGUUGUAGCAUAACUGUUCUAAUUCUGCUUACCAGUGCCUAGGCCUUCCAUUCCAGGGAUCUCCUCUCCGAAGCUGGUGAAGAAAAUAAACGUGGUUUAAAUUUG